AUGUCUACAAAGCCAACUUUAGCAGCUUUACCUAGGGUCCGACCAUCCUCUUUAAAGCCCAUGCCAUUAAAAGAGGGACACAAGUCUACCGAACCCACAGUUUUGAAUCAGCCAUUUCCUGAAAUUUCAUUUCAGGGUCCUCUUCCAGGAAUUCCAGCCAUGUCUAGAAAGCUCUCUCGUCGCUUUUCAAGCGUAAAUUCUACGACUGAUGCAUCCGAAGCAAUGAAAUUGGCCAGAAGAAAAAAUUCAUUUUCGUAUAAACCAGCGCAACUACCUUCUUUUGAACUUGAUUACACAAUCACACUCCAUAUUAUGAGCAACUGGGGUGAUCCAAAUGAAAUUACUGUAUCAGAGAUUGAUUUUUUGGGAGAAGAUAAAUCUUCUUUGAAGGUUACUAAAGUUUCACCGGAUAUCCCAACAGAAGACAAAAACUCGUUUGCUUUAAUGUCAAAUGGAGUACUUGUUAAAGCAAAUGACAAUGAACGUUGGAUUCAUAGCUGGAAACAAAACCAAGAACCUAUCGUUGUUCAUUUUACGAUAACAUCAUGUCAACCACCAAAAUUCGUUCGUAUUUGGAAUACAGAAGAUAGAUCUGAACGAAAUAUGAAGAAAUUUGCAGUUUUUCUCGAAAACGAGUUCGUAGGAUCAAAGGAAGUUCCUCAACAGUUCGGAGCCGUCCUUCCUUUAACUAGAAUGAUAACUCCAAGUUCAGAAUCAGUUCUUAAGCUUGUUAACUUCACAACAUACUUCAAUGAGUUAUUUAAAGACGCCUAUGGAACCCUACCAAUCCGAAAAACAUCGAAAAUCAUGAUUCGAAUCUACAGAUCUUUCACAGAUCAAGACAUGCACAUAGGACUUAACUGCAUUGAUAUAUUCGACUGCAAAGGAAAUGUCAUCGAACAGACAGAUAUUCGAUAUUUACGAAUCGACGGAGCCACGAAUUACUCAAGUCCUUUGAAUUGUUUCAAAGAAAAGAAAGUUGGAGUGGCUGUCAACGAAAUUUGGAUUGCUGAACGUAAAUACGGUGAACCGAUCGAGUUUUUGAUAGAAUUACAAGUUCCAACUCAAAUUGCUUUAUUUAGGUUUUACAACUUGAAUUUUGAGGAAGAAUCUUACAAUUUAGGUGUAUCUGACUUAUCUAUAUUCAUGGAUGACGUUUUAGCUGCUCAGAGACGCUUAGGAAAAGCUGAUGGGCCGAUUUACAGAAAUAACAAGGGUAUUACUGAUGUAUGGGUUUGCCAAUCAAAUAUAAUUAAGGAUUUACCAAAGAUUGCUGAGAUAUUUAAUGUUAUUUAUGAAGAAUAG